AUGCUCAGCCGGCAGCUGGUAAUGUGUUCCCGCGUGGGAUUCGCUCCGUCGACGAGCCAAGCCGUCUUUCACACCUCUACAACGGAUUUAGUGCUUCCUAGAGUAAGAUUUACCAGAAUAUAAGCCGAAAAUCGAUGAAAUCCGCAGGCAAAACCAUUGGACGAAGAAAUGCCGGUUUCAACGACGUCGUCGAUAAAAAAAGCGCGUCCGGACAGUCAAAUUUUGAAUUUAUCAGGAAAACGACUCAAAAAAGACGUAGAUAUUAUUGGUUAGCAUUUAAAAAUAACGAAAAACCCGUAAAAAACUGAUUUUUUCAGUAACGGAUCAGUAUCUUCAGCAGUGGUACAAAAUGGAGACGAAAAGUUUGGCGGCUGAUUAUUUGGCACUUUGCAAAUCGAAAUUGAGCUUAUUCGUCGCUUCAACAGGUUAAACAACUCAAAAGCUUGCAAAAAUUGCGAAAUUUUCAGCGGCCUGCGGCGUCUUAAUGGCUCCGGUGCCAGUGGCAGUGGUCCCGCUGGCUGCUUGUACUUUUGGUAGGCGACAGUUUCAAAUUUUUUACUGAAAUUCCAAGAAAAAGUGCGUUCAGGUACAUUUCUGCUCUCCUCGGCCGCCAAUUCGUGUAAUCAGCUUCUCGAGGCGCCGUACGACGCGCAAAUGAGACGGACACAGAGCAGAGUGCUCGUCGUGCAUCGGUAAGGCUAAAGUUAUACAAAUGCUUUUAAAUUAAAGAUAAAUGGGUUUUUUGUAGGUUUUCACCACUGCACGCGUUCACAUUCGCCGGCGUGACCGGUCUCACCGGCAUCGGCCUCCUCGGCUACUUUGCCAAUCCGUUGGCCGCCGCUCUCGGAGCACUCAACUGGUUUUUGUACGCUGGUGAGGGAAAAUCACUGAAAUGGACCUGCAUUAUCAAAAAAAUGUCGAUUUUGACCGAAAUUAAACCAAUCUGCAAAGCAUUUUCCGAAAAUUUAUCUCAAUUUUGCUAUACAAACUAGAAACACCUCUAACAUUCGAUUAGCUAUUGAUUUUCAAAAAAUGUGCCUAAAAUUAGGUAUAUAAGCCGAAAAAGUGGGUUUUUCGUUUGUAUAGUCCAAAAAACGCCGCGAGCUAUCGACUGUGUGCAAAAAAAAAGAAAAACAAUGCAGAGAACCAUACAAAUAUCGAUGGUCUAGUGUUUUCCCGCGUAGGUCAAACGGGUCUCGCAGCGACAAGACAAAAUAUAUCACAUAUGGAUAUGCGCCUUUAAUGUAACCGUAGUCUGUCUUGCCUCUGGGAAGGCAGUCUGGCCGAGGAGAAAAAAAAGAGAAUGGUCCGCCGGAAAGAUUGGCCAGGAGGGAGGGAUGUUGACAGCCGACUGCAGAGAUGUCCCAGUAGGGUACCACUUUUAUGACCCGGACACUGACCGUUCACGUGUCACGGCAUCUCAAAUAGGUGCUAACGACUGUUUGAGUGACAGAUUAUCACGUUAAAGGGACCACAAACACACUUGUCUGUAGUCUGGUGUGCGUUGCGGUCCCGGACCGUCCAUUCAGAGAACCAUCUUGGCCAACACCAUCUUUUUUUCUUCCUCCCCAGCCACUGUCUUCCCAGAGGCAAUUGUUGGUAUGGUGGAGUGUCGUUUGUUCUGUUUGUCCAGUCCUUUUAAUGUAGUUUUCGCUCCUUUGACCCUUGAAAUUGUCGAUUCAUCUGAAGACACGAUCUUGUGCUAAUUCUCGCAGAAAACAGUACAAAAUCCACGAAAAAUUGCAAUUUGCAGGCGUGUACACGCCGAUGAAGCGCUCGCACAUUGGCUGCACGUGGGCGGGCGCGGUCGUCGGAGCGAUUCCCCCACUGAUGGGCUACUCGGCGGCCACAGGAUACCUGGACCCGGCCGCCUGGUGCCUCGCCGCCAUCCUCUUCUCGUGGCAAUUUCCGCACUUCAACGGACUCAGCUGGAAUUUGCGCGGAGAUUAUAGCAAGGUGAGGGGAAUUGACGGAAAAAUGAAGAUGUUCGACAAUUCGCUGAUAAUUUUGCAAAGUUUCAUCCGAAAAAAUUGCAGAAAUUGUCAAUUUUCAGGCCGGCUACCGUGUGAUGUGCGUGACGAACGAGCGCCUGUGCCGCGUGACCUCAAUCCGUCACAGUUUGGCUCUUCUGGGAAUGUGCUCCGUCGCCGCGCCGCUCACCGAUCUCACCACACUCACUUUCGCCAUUGGUACGCUGAAAUUCGGGAUUUCCACACAAUUUCUACCAAAUUUCGCAUUCAGAUUCGCUGCCCGUGAACGCGUACCUCGUCUACCUGUCCUACAAAUUCUACAAAGCGCCGGAUGCGAAAAACAGUCGGAAACUGUUCUUUUUCUCGCUUUUGCACCUUCCACUCAUCAUGCUCCUCAUGGGAAUCAGCAAUUACGGACGGAAUGAGGCACAGAAGGAGCCGGUGACAGACAGGAUUACGGUACGUCUCCGGGAAUUGGAAAAAGGAAACCAAGUUUCGGGCCAGGCUUUUCGAAGGCCUGGAUUUUUGACCCACUUGUAAUGAUCCGAUCGGGACCAAACUUUGCAUCUGGGGUCUGAACCUCGGACCCAAUAUACUCCAAUCCAAGUCCAAAAAGUCUGCAAAGUUUGUUCCCAAUAGGAUCAUUACAAGUGGAUCAAAAGUCCGGGCCGGCCUUUUUUUUUUGUUCAGCCCUUUGAAAAUUGUAGUGGUUCUUACAAUAAAAGCAGACAAUUAAUUUCCAGAACGCCUGGACGAGAAUGACGAAUUUCGCCGGGAGCGCCGUGUGA